CUCCAUUGCGCCGUCGAUCCGUCGACAGUCACAUCGCACGAUGAAGCGAUGCGUGCGACCUGUCCGCGCGGCAGUCCUGCUAAGUUUACUCGUCUGUGCCAUCGCGUCUGCACAGGAAGUGAUCGAGCUGACGGCCGACUGUUUUGAGGCGACAACACACGCCUUGGAUGGAGACAACGGCGACUGGUUUGUCCUGUUUUGCACACCAUCGUCCGACGUGUGCAAAGACUUGUCGCCCGUAUGGAAGCAAGUCGCUGUGGCUCUCCAAGGGAAGGUGCACGUGGCUGAAGUCAAUGUCGACGUGAAUCCCGACUUGAACACCCGGUUUGGACUGACAGGGAUAGCAACUCCCACGAUGCUCCUACUUUCCCAAGGCAGUGUGCACACUCGUUUCCAAGGGGACCGCACGGUGGAUCGCCUGAAACAGUAUGCGUUGGGCGGAUACAAAGCGUCUGCGUUUACCCCAGUGCCACCUGUAGAUGGCGCCAUACCUCGCGACUUCCACAUGUCCAACUCGAACGCCAUGGUUGUCACACUCACGACCGACUCCUUUGACGACCUCACCGAAGCGACGAGUGGCAACGCAGGAGUUUGGCUUGUCGACUUUUAUGCUCCACGGUGCAAGCACUGCAAGUCGCUGACACCCUUGUUCGAACAACUCGCACCGCUCCUCGAUGCCGAGGAUAUUCAUGUCGCGAUGGUGGAUGCGGACGAGCACGUGCCGCUCAAGGCGCGCUUUCGCAUCCAAACGUAUCCAACCGUGGUGGUAUUUGCCCACGGAAAGAUGCACAAGUAUCGCGGACCCCACACCGUGCGAGAACUGAUGGCGUUUGCGCGAGGUGGGUACGUGUCGAGCGGCGACGGCACCGCCGUCCCUCCCCCCGUCGAACGAUUCGAUCCGUCGCAGAGCCAUGUCGUGGAGCUCGCUCCCGACUCAUUUGACACGGUGACGCAGAUCCAAACUGGAGGCGGCGGCGACUGGUUCAUUCUGUUUCACACAGCCAACUGCGGUCCGUGCGGCGAUGUCCUGCUCGUGUUGGACCAAGUGUCAGUGGGUCUGCGCGGGACACUCCAUGUGGGGUCGUUCAAGUUGCCUGCGGAGACGCUUCAUGUAUGGAGCAAGCGGUUCGGGUUGUUGGGUUUCCCAAGUUUGGUUGUGUUUUCCAAAGGCCGGAUGUAUCGCACGUUCCAUGGACACCGGACUGUGUCGAAUUUGGUGGCGUACGCGCGUCGGCAACUCCAGUCGGGUCAGCUUCAUAGCAUCCCUGCGCCUGGACCAGGCACCGCCACGACGAUGCAAUUCCACUCGCCGCUUCCCCUCAAGAAGGUGGAAAUUGAAUCGAUCGACGAAGAAGACGCAGAGGAUGAAAGUCCGAACGAAAACGAUGAAAGUAGUGGUGGCAGUGACGAUGACGACGAUGACGAUGACGACGAUGACGACGACGUUGACGACGAUGACGAUGAUGUCGAUGAUGACGAAGAUGACGAGAAUGACGAUGAUCAGGAGGACGUGGAGCAACGUAUGUGUGGUCAGUCUCAACAUGAUUGCGACGGUCGAAUGGCGACGAGUGCCGUGAAUGUCGAAGUGCCGCUUGACGCCACCGCCGAUGGCGACGACGAUAAUGACGAUGACGACGUGGAGGGCGAGGAUGAAGAAGAGUCGGAGUACGGCACCCUGGAAGAAGUCGGCGAUGUGAUCGCUCUGAGCGAGCGAGAGUUCGACCUGUUUGUGCAGUCCAGAGCAGAUACUGGCGCGUGGUUGAUUGCGUUUGUCGACGCCGAAGGCGACGCCUGGGUCGAGGACCAGUUUGACGUGUACGACGAAGUGGCCUGGAACCUCCGAGACACGCCGCGUCUGUCGAUGGCACAGAUCGACAUUGUAGCGUACCCUCGAUUCGUGACACAGCUGCAGCUCUCUUCCACACCGACCAUCAUCCUGUUUUUGAAUGGCACGAUGACGCCUUUCGUCGGAUGGUGGACCGUCGCGGCGCUGGAGGCGUUUGCGACGGGAGGGUACAAGAGCGAAGAGGCGUUCGCGUUGCCAGACCCCGAUAGCAUCGCCACGUGGGAAAACAUACCGACCGGUGCAGUGGUCCCAUUGACGACGGACGGGUUCGAUCGCAUUCGGAGGUCCUCCAAGCCGUGGCUGAUCAAGUUUUAUGCCGACUGGUGCGGGCAUUGCCGCCGGUUGGAACCCAUUUGGAAUGGCGUGGCUGUCGCGUUGUCAGGACACGUGCACGUUGGUCAAGUCGACGUCGUCGCCAACAUCGCGUUGAGCAAGUUGUUCCAGCUCCAAGGUCUUCCCACGAUUGUGUUCGUGGACCAGAACAUGAUGUACAAAUACAAGGGCAAGCGGCAACUUGGGGCUCUCACAGCGUUUGCCCGAGGCGAGAAGAACGCCAGUACUGCUGUGCCGCUGCCGUCGUGGAGCGAGCUCGUGCCAGAAGAUGGAAAGAAACGACCGUCUCGAGUGCUUUCGCUCACGGACGCCACGUUUGAGGGUGUGCUCAUGGACUUGUCGACGAAGGAUGUUCGCCCGUGGCUGGUCGUAGUCUACGCGCCACCGCUGUCGGACCUUGUCGAGAAUUGGGUCGUGGCGCUCAAGGACCACGUGUCGUUUGGGCGCGUCAACGUUGAGAGCGACAAGUCCGUCCAAGUCGUCGAGGCCAUGCGAACGGCGGGCAUUGACGCUCCAGCAAUCUUGCUCGUGUCGAAUGGAUCGAUGAUGUACUCGUAUUCGGGGGACUGGGCGACGGACGAUUUGACGACGUUCGUAAGAGGCGGGUUUCGCAGCACGCCGGCGACCAAGCUGCCGAUGGUUCGUCGCCUGUCCAAAGUGGUCGAGUUGACGGAAGAUGCCUUGACGAACACAACCACCAACAACGGUACGUGGCUCGUGGCGUUCAUCGCCCCACGUAAACAGCACAAACACGCACUCGCCCCGCUCUUGGAAGCGAUUGCGAUGACGUUGCAACCGCAUCACGUGAUAGUGGCGACGGUAGAGGCAACGCCGUCUCUCAAGACUCAUUUUGGGCUGAAAUCGAUUCCUGCGCUGGUUUUACUCGCUCAGGGAGAGGCGUAUCCGUAUCAUGGGCCGCACAACGUGGACGCUAUCAUGGCCUUUGCCACGCAUACCUACAUGGUUCCCACGGGUCCCGUGGAGUCGGCAUUUCUUCUCGAGACGGCGCUCGAAAUCGGCGCAGUCGCUACCGUUGCGCGAUGGGCGCAGGAGGAUCAUGCAGCCAUGAUGGCUCUCGUCGUUGGGAGCGUCGGCUUUGGGUUCGUCAUGGGAGCAAUUUUGACGCAGUGCUGCACAAGAAGGUCACGUUCGACUGCCAAAACAGUAAAGGCAGAAUAGAGCAAGUUCUUGGGGCAUCUCUCCUGUUCAAAACGCACAUGAAAUACAAGGUGAAAAUGUAAAAUUACAAGUUGCUUUUCUUGGUGUUUCAUGGAAGCGCGUGAAGCUGGCCCAUCAAGUC